AUGGCAGACGGUGUCAUACAACUUCAAUGCGAGUGCAAGCAUGAUGCAUGGGGUAAGAAAGGCAAUGAAUCUCUCGCCGGUCGUUUGUGGUCACAGAUGCCCGGUGCAAGCCCGCUAGAUGAUUCAGAAACUUACUCGGAGAUGUGGAUGGGCACGUACCCUUCUGUGCCGUCUCGACUUGCUUCAAGUGGCGAGCUGCUUUCCGACCAUGUGAAGAGGAACCCCAGCCUACUUGGUGAGACAUAUUGUGAGAGAUACAGAAGAGAAGUACCAUUUUUACCAAAGAUUCUCUCUUUCGCGAAGGCCCUGCCUCUGCAGCUACACCCAGACAAAAAGUUGGCCGAGAAACUCCACGCGCAAGAUCCCAUCAAGUUUGGGGAUACCAAUCAUAAGCCCGAGAUUGCGGUCGCGUUGACUAGGUUCGAACUAUUUGUCGGCUUUAAGCCCAUCGGAGAGCUCGCGGACAUAUUAAGGUUGGGUCCUCUCCAGACAAUCUUGCCCCAGCAUGAGGUUGUCAAUGAGGGAAUUUUGAGAGAGGUCUGUCGAACUCUACUGCAAAUUUCAUCGAACACAGUUUCGGAUGUUGUCAAAAAUCUGAAAGCCAUUCCCCUAUCAGAACUUGGAGAAAAGAAUCAGUACAUACCCAAUCUCUUGGAAAGAUUAAGCGAACAAUAUUCGGAUUCCGACAAUGGACUUCUAGUCGCCUCGCUACUGAUGAAUUUCAUGACAUUGGAGCCAGGCCAGGCUGUUUGUGUGCCAGCGGAUAGUAUCCAUGCCUGGCUAUCAGGUGAUAUUCUUGAAUGCAUGGCGCGAUCAGAUAAUGUCCUGAACACGGGUUUCUGCCCUCGCGCCAGCAGAGACAACAUCGAGCUGUUCACAUCAGCUCUGACCUUUAAGCCACAUGAUCAAGAGGCUGCACUGUUGCCAGCUCGGCCAAGCUUGAUGGGAAUUAACGAGAAGACUGUCAAAUACACGCCCCCGUUCAGUGAAUUCAAUGUUCUAGCCACGAAUUUGGCUGCAAAGGAAUCGGAGACUCAUACCGAUUUGCAAGCCCCUAGCAUCCUAGUUGUGACUGGGGGAUCAGGAACAAUGAAGGUCCUCGGGGAUGGGAAAACUUUGAAUUUGAGUGAAGGAAGUGUGUUUUUUGCUGGCCCAGAGGCUAAGUUGCAAUUUGCGACUGGCAAUGGUAUCAUGAUAUAUCGGGCUUAUGCUACGCUUUAA